UCAUGGUCUUUCUCUCAAAUUAAAAACAUUGUGUCUCUCUAGUUCAAACUCGGCUCUCCUCGCUAUAAAAGCUUGUUUGCUUCCUUUUUCUCCAAACGAAGCCCUAUUUUAUCCCAACAUCGCGAGAAAUAGCGGGGAAAACUCCUUCAGUCAUGCUCUGGAAGUGUUUGCUUGCACGACCGUGGCACCACCGCUGCGCCGGACUACUCCAAGCCGGGCAGAGGACACUGAUCCCGGCUAUGAAGACCCGAGCUCUCGGGGUGGGUUUUCUGCGUCAAAAUGCGUCCACGACCACUUCCGUCAUGGGAAACCAGGCCAAACAGAAGACCAUAGACGACUUACCCGGACCCUCGCAAAUGAGCACGUUAUACUGGCUGUUCGUAAAGGGAUAUUUUCGACAUGCACAUCAAUUUCAAAUUGAACAAAGUAAAGUCUGGGGUCCUUUAUGGAAGUCCAACUUUGGUCCUAUGCUUUUGGUUAAUGUGGCAAGCGCAGAGCUGAUAGAGCAAGUUCUGAGACAGGACGGACGGACCCCAGUUCGAACAGAUAUGCCCCACUGGAGGAGCUACAGAGAGCUCAGGAACAAAGCCUACGGACCGCUGAGCGAGAUGGGGGAAAAAUGGCUUCACAUUCGCAGUAUUCUGAACCCGCGACUGUUAAAGCCCAAACACGUGUCCUCCUACACAGCCACCCUGAAUGAUGUGGUGACGGACUUCAUCCACAAACUGUCAUGGCUCAGAGACACCAGUGGGGGGCAGGAGCCAGUGGUCCACACUCUAGUUGACGAGCUCUACAAGUUUGCUUUUGAAAGCAUUUGCUCGGUGCUGUUUGAGACCAGAAUGGGCUGUAUGGAGGAGACCAUCCCAGAGGAGACCCAGCACUUCAUCUUCUCUGUGGCCGAGAUGCUGCGAUUGUCUCAGGUGGUCAUGAUCAUCCCGCGCCCCCUCUGGCCCUACAUGCCCCCCUACUGGAAGUUUGUGGAGGCAUGGGACUACCUCUUCAAAGUCUCUGGGGAGCUAAUUCAGAAGAAAAUCAGUGAGCUAGAGCAUAAAGUGGAUUUGGACCAGAACAUAGAUGGCGCUUAUCUGACCCACCUGCUGCUCAGUGACAGGAUGACAGUGGAGGAGAUCCUUGGCAGCGUCACUGAGCUGCUGCUGGCCGGAAUCGACACCACGUCGAACACUAUGUGCUGGGCCCUGUACCUUUUGGCCCGAGAGCCAGAGAUCCAGGAGCAGCUGUAUCAGGAGGUGAGUCAGGUCUGUCCCGGGGGCCGGACACCCACCAGUGACGAUACGGCUCAGAUGCCCUUUAUGAAGGCUGUCAUCAAGGAGACACUACGGAUGUAUCCAAGCAUUCCCGGCAACGCCCGUCUCUCUGUGGACAAAGAAAUGAUUGUUGGAGAUUAUUUGUUCCCAAAAAAUACCCUGUUCCACCUCUGUCACUUUGCUUCCUCCUACGAUGAGCGCAUCUUCCCCAACCCUCAGUCCUUCCAGCCCCAGCGCUGGCUCCGUGGGUCAGAGCACAAGUCCCAGAUGCACCCGUUUGGAUCCAUCCCAUUUGGGUUUGGGACCAGGGGCUGUCUGGGAAGACGAAUUGCUGAGCUGGAGAUGUACCUGCUGCUCACCAGGUUGAUCCAGCGGUUUGAGGUCAGACCGGACGCUGCUGGCUCGGAGGUGAAGCCCAUCACAAGGACGCUGCUCUGCCCCGAAAAAAACAUCAGUCUGCAGUUCAUAGACCGGACACCAGAGUCAGCAAGGAGUCAGAUAGACACAAUACACUGUUUCCCCUCACACUGAGACCACUGAUUAAACUGAUUAAAUGCCUUCAAUUUACUUUUCAAACUUUUAUGACGUCACUGCUGCUUCGUUUUAUACUUGUAAAUUGUAUUUUUGUUAGAGCUUUAAUUGUCUAAAUGCUCAAUACUAGUUUUUAUGAGCUCUUCAAACUACACUCCACAAAUGAAAUACCUUAGUUUGUUAACAUGUUUUUUUAUUGUGUCACUUUUUUUAGAAUUAUAUUUUUUACUUUUGAUUAAUGACAUUUCCUAAAAUCCUAUUCUGACAGCUAUUCUGAAUAAUCCGUUGCCAUUGUUGCUUUAUUGAUACUUUGGUGGAAUGUUGAGCGGUUUCCAUGAUGGCACAAUGCACACAAUUUUGUUUAUAUUUUCAGUUUUAUAUAUGAUUCAACUGACUAACUUAUUCUUGUUAAUCUGUUAAUGUUUCGUGCUGUAAAUAUAACCAGAUA